CAACGCAAACAUGUCGCAGACCGGAGGAGCUGGCGGGUAUAACAACCCGUUAAAGAAAUUCAAGUAUUUUUACCAACUAUUUUUAGUUGAAUUAUAUCAUUGACAUUUAAUAGAUUGGUAUUCCUCGGUGAACAAAGCGGUAUGCAGUCUAUCCCAUUAAAUGUUACGAGCAGCGACAACACCCUACGAACGAUGCACACUUUAGACGAUAGCUAACAUGAUACCUCGGCCCAGUCGGCAAGACGUCCCUAAUAACGCGGUUCAUGUACGACUCUUUCGAUAAUAUGUAUCAAGCUACGAUUGGUAUCGAUUUCCUCUCAAAGACGAUGUACCUCGAAGACCGAACGGUGCGACUACAGCUAUGGGAUACGGCAGGUCAAGAAAGAUUUAGGAGUUUGAUUCCCUCAUAUAUCCGAGAUUCGAGCGUUGCCGUGGUUGUCUACGAUAUUUCUAAUGCAAAGUCAUUCCAAAACACCAAGAAAUGGAUUGACGACGUACGUGCGGAACGAGGAAACGACGUGAUUAUCGUAUUAGUAGGCAACAAGACAGAUCUAAACGACAAGCGAGAAGUCACCACAGCGCAAGGUGAGGAAGAGGCUAAGAAGAACAACUUGAUGUUUGUCGAGACGAGCGCGAAGCUGGGACACAACGUCAAGAACCUCUUCAGGAGGAUAGCGCAAGCUCUUCCGGGUAUGGAAGGAACAGAUGCCGCAGCACAGGCCUCAUCACAGAUGAUCGAUGUGAAAACCAAUACCCAAUCCUCUCAACAAGAAGGAUGUGCGUGUUAGUGAAAUGGUACUACGCAUUGAAGAAGAGGCGGUGGCCUGACCCGGAAAAGGGUGAGGGUCAAGCAGGAUAUUUCCCGUGCAUAGCGAACGAAUCAGCAAAAUGAUGUUGUAUAAUACAAACCAUUCUACGAAACAAAGUAACGAGAAGAGGACCAGUACAACCAUUGCGGGUAUGACAUUUAGUAUAUGUA